GUCGUGGCUCGGGUGGUUAUUUGCAUCGUUGGCGAAUGGAUAGGUAGGUUUCUUAUUUCGCCAUCUUGUGUGUCACCGCUUCACCUAUCACCUGUGUCCUUUGACCUCAAUGACGUCAUUGGAACCCUAUCCAUUGGUUGCUGGUUUUGGUGAAAUUGUUGCCAGUUGGUUGGUUAAUUGGCCGCGUGGGUGCCGCUUUUGAUGGUGGUGGCGGCGGUCCUUGGCGACGCCGAGGCGGGCGGGACGCCUUCGCCUCGGCCGUGCGCGAGAGGGUUCUCGCGGGACCGGCACACGGAAGAGACCCAGCGGGAGGCGGAACGCGGACAGCCCGUCGUCAACAACGCGAGAUUUCAGGACUGCGACGACGGAGGGAAGGCGCGGCCCGACGCCGCGUCCGAACCCCGCGUGAGCCGGAAGGGGGCGGUCGCCGCGCUGAGCCGGGCGACACGAGGGGAGAGAGCGCCGUCGGUCCACCCUCGAGAGUCCCGCACCAGACAGACGCGGAAAACCAGAUCGGGCCUUCUCGGACAGGCGCAGCCGGGCGACGCGAGCCCCAAGAUGCUGUUUCCGUGGCGCGGCGGCGGCGGCGGUGGGCGAGCCGUCGUCAGGGACGACGGCGCUCUGCGGCGAGUCAAGAGGGACUGGGUCAUUCCGCCCAUCAACGUGCCCGAGAACUCGCGAGGGCAGUUCCCCGAGGACCUCGUCAGGAUCCGAUCGGACCGGGACAAGAGCUGGAUGCUGCGCUACAGCGUGACGGGUCCCGGUGCCGACCAGCCGCCGACGGGCAUCUUCAUCAUCAACCCCAUCUCGGGUCAGCUGUCCGUCACCAAACCUCUGGACCGCGAGCACAUUCCCAACUUUCACUUGCGCGCCCACGCUGUGGACCUGAACGGCAACCAGGUGGAGACCCCCGUGGAGAUUCACAUCAACGUCAUCGACCAGAACGACAAUCGGCCCGAGUUCUCGCACGCCGUCUUCAACGGCACCGUGCCGGAGGGCUCCAAGCCGGGGACCUUUGUGAUGACCGUGACGGCGCUGGACGAGGACGAUCCCAAGACGGCCAACGGGAUGCUGCGGUACAAGAUCCUGAGUCAGAGUCCCCAAAGUCCGUCCUCCAACAUGUUCACCAUCAACAACAAGACCGGUGACAUCAUCACCGUGGCGGCGGGCCUGGACCGCGAGAAAGUGUCCGAGUACACGCUGAUCAUCCAGGCCACCGACAUGGAGGGCAACCCCACUUACGGCCUUUCCAACACCGCCACCACCGUCGUCAGCAUCACGGACGUCAACGACAACCCACCCGAGUUCACCACCGACACGUUCUUUGGCGAGGUCCGCGAGAACUCGCUCAACGUGAUCGUGACAAACCUGACGGUGACCGACAAGGACCGGCCGCACUCUUCGGCCUGGAACGCCGUUUACCGGAUCGUCGGCGGAGACUCCACCGGACGUUUCUCCGUCCCCACCGACCCCACCGCCAACGAGGGGCUCCUGACCGUGGUCAAGCCCGUCGACUUUGAGGUGACUCACUCGUUCGUUCUGAGCGUGGAGGCGGCCAACGAGGCGCCGCUGGUCCGCGGCAUCCACCCGCCGCGCCAGUCCACCGCCACCGUAUCCAUCCGCGUCCUGGACCUCAACGAGAGUCCCGAGUUCAGCCCCAAUCCCAAACCCAUCAAGCUGGACGAGGGCCUGCCCGCCGGCUCGCUGCUCACCACCUUCACGGCGCAAGACCCCGACCACUUCAUGAGGCAGACCAUCCGGUACUCCAAGAUGUUCGACCCUGCCAACUGGCUGGAGAUGGACCCGGUCAACGGUCGCAUCUCCACCAUCGCCAUCCUGGACCGCGAGUCGCCGUACGUCAAGAACAACCUGUACAACGUCACCUUCAUGGCCGCGGACAACGGCGUUCCGCCUGCCAGCGGUUCGGGCACCCUCCAGAUGUACCUGGUGGACAUCAACGACAACGCGCCGCAAGUCUUCCCCACGGAGGUGGAGAUGUGCGAGCGGCCCGACGCCGGCGGGGGCAUCAACAUCACGGCCGUGGACCCCGACCUCAGCCCCAACGCCGGGCCCUUCGCCUUCGAGCUGCCGGCUCGCCCGUCGGACGUGAGGCGCAACUGGACGCUCAGUCGACUCAGCGGCGAGCAAACGCAGCUGCGCCUGCGCCUGCGCAACGGCGGCGGCGGCAGGUCGCUGCCCCACGGCGUGUACGAGGUGCCCGUCACCAUCACCGACUCGGGCACCCUGCCCAUGUCCAACACGUCGUACCUGCGGGUGAAAGUGUGCCGGUGCGAUCGCCACGGCGACUGCGUGGACAUGCAGCGCGUCAUGGCCGCCGGCCUGGGCACGGGCGCCGUCAUCGGCAUCCUCCUCUGCGUCAUCGUGCUGCUCGUGUUGGUCCUGCUGCUGGGCAUGUGGAUGAAGCGGCGGGACAAAGAACGGCAGGCCAAGCAGCUCCUCAUCGACCCCGAGGACGACGUGCGCGACAACAUCCUCAAAUACGACGAGGAGGGCGGCGGCGAGGAGGACCAGGAUUACGACCUGAGCCAGCUGCAGCAGCCCGACUCGGCGGCGGAAGGCGAGUGCGGCGUCAAGGCGGGCGUCAGGCGCCUGGACGAGAGGCCGCUCCACCACGACCACCAGUACCCGCUCAGGUCCGGGGCGCCGCACCCCGGCGACAUCGGGGACUUCAUCCACGAGGGACUGAAGGCGGCGGACAACGACCCGACGGCGCCGCCCUACGACUCCCUGCUGGUGUUCGACUACGAGGGCGGCGGCUCCACGGCCGGCUCGCUCAGCAGCCUGCACUCGGCCUCCAGCGGCGCCGACCAGGACUACGAUUACCUCGGCGACUGGGGGCCCAGGUUCCGCAAGCUGGCCGACCUCUACGGUGGCGGCGGCGGAGACGACUGAGGGCGGACGGUCGGGGACGCUUUGUGACUUCUGCUUGAAUCUCACACGGACUCUGAGGUCAAAUGUGCCUUUAUGUACAUUCGCGGCGGCUCUGAUUGGUUGAUUUGGAGCAGGGGUGGGCAAAGUACGGCCCGCGGCUCCCGUGCGGGCCCGCCGAACAUUUACAGCCGGCACUGGUUCUGUCAUUAAUUUAUGACGGUUUUCCCUUGAAAUUUGUUAUUUAUUCAGUUUUCGUCUAUCUCAUCUGUAAUUGACAAAUUAAUUUACUGUAAAUAAUAAAACUGAGAUAUUGGCAAAGCAAGGGUUAAACAUUGAUUCAGUGAAAUAAUUGGUUCACUGGAUUUUUGUUUUAAUAAGAUAAGGGAAAAAAAAGUGGAAUAGAUUUGUCAAUCAACAAUUCCAUACAAUAAAUCAUUUCAUUAAUUGUACUACAUUGAUAAUUAUCUUUUGAAAACACAAGAUUGCAUUUUAAAUUUUCAUUUCAAUCAACAUUGCCCUUAAAUAUAUUUUCUCAAGCAAAUUUUAAAAAUGAAGUUCAAAGGUGUUACAAUACGACUAAACUGUACUUGCUGCACUUGAAAAGUGAAAAAAAAACGUAAAUGAGGGAUGCGUCGCUGCAAGAUGUUUGCUUGUACGUAUCAUUUGGAAUAAAUUCAAAAUACAUUUUGUUUGUAUUGUAUAUUACUAAGCGUUUUUUGUUUUGUUUUUCAUGGACCACGAGUCGGAGGCAUUGCGCGUCCCUCCGGUGGUACUCUUACCACAAUUCUGAGGGUUAAAUAAUUACAAAAUCAAACUAGUUAUUUUUUAGUCAACAAUUUCACAUUGUAAAAUACAUCAAAUGUAAAAAAUAUUACGCAAAAAAACAUGUUAGAGUAAAGCAAUUUUACAUGUACAAUUGUAAAGUCAAUAAAAAUGUUCCCUAUUUAAUAAUUAUAAUUGUAAAAAAACAAAUGUCAAAAUAAGCAAAAGCCUUUUCUGAAUGAUCUUAUCGGUUAAUGAUUAAGUAGGUAAAAUCAACAAUUUUACAUCAACAUUUUCACCUUUUUUUUUUUUUUUUCAGCUCCUGUAGAAAAUUUGGCCCGUUUCAAAAUGCAAAAGUUUGCCCACCCCUGAUUUGCGGCCGAGCCUCGUCCGCCGUACGCGUUCGACAGACCCGACAAACAAAAAUGUGUCGACUUUCCUGUGCGGCUCCACUUUGACCAAAAAAUAAAAAUAAUAAUAAUAAAUAGGUGGCAAGGUGACAAAACAAUACACGGAGAAAGUCAAACACUUCUCAAAAGUUUUCACUUAAAAAAAAAAAAAAAGAUAUUAACAUAGUCAAAAUGUUUUGUGUCAUUCUAUUUUCAUGAAAUCUUGUUAGAAAUUAAAAUGGGACUCCAAAAAAUGAAAUUACAGUCAAAUAUGGAUCGGCUUACCUAUUUUGAUUUAAAAAUUUCAAAUGGAUUUACAUUUAAACUGCAUUUUUGAGUUUGAUUUUUGUAGUCAAAAGGUUGCCGACAUUUGUUCAUUUUUAAUGACAUAGUUAGUAAAUAAAAAAAGUCAUUUCAAAAAAGUUAGUCAAAAAUGGUCUGCUGCUCGCUUUUGUUUUUUAGAAUGAAUUUUAAAAAACUUCUACAUUUUUUUGUAACACCGUUAACAAUUAAAAAUUUGCCAUUAAUAAAACUACAUUAAUUGAAAAACACAUACAAAAAGCACUCAUUUAGUCAAGAUCACUUAUUUGUAAAAUCUAUAAUGAAAAAUGUCAACAUUUGGUUUUUAUUCAAAAAAUAUUUUAAACAUUUAAAAAGGAUUUUUGAUUGCAAUUUAAAUGAAUAUUACGCCAUUUUCAAUUGUAGCCCCACAAUUUUGAUUGGCGUAUCUUUUCUUCAAAUGUGCUUAAAACUACAUUUUGAAAAUGAAAACUUUAAAUUCCAAAGUAACAAUUUUAUCAACGUGAUUUUUUUUUUUUUUUUUUUUUUACUUCAUUGACUUAAGUUAAUAACGAGUUUCCGGCUAAAUUCUUCGUUUUUGCCGUUGGACGUCGACGGGAGCCGCACACAAAAGCUGACAUAUUUUUAUCGGUAUAAUAUUUUCUUGUUCUUGUGGCCGAGAAGACGUCCGUGUACAGUCAACGCGCAACUUUUCUUUUUCUUGGUUCACAAAGUAACUUAUGCAGCCGUCGGCCACCAGAGGGAGCCACCGCAUCGCGUCGUCGGUUCCGGUCGGUCCGUAGCGCAGAACUCGCCCGAACGCCGGCGAACCGAGUUGGAAAAGCCACUGGCUUUGCUUCAUUUGCCACCUCGCCGUUUUUCUCCGGAACGUUCCGAGUGUACGGUUGGAACUUUUGGUCUGGUGUUCUGGAAACGCAGCCGACGGCCGUUCUUGUUCUUGUUCGUGUUCUUUGGAUUACACAUUAAAAUGUUUUUGCAUGUU